GAAGAAUCAGUAGAAGUUGAUGAUGACAAGAGCUACGUUAGAAUUACAUUCAGACCAACUGUUCCACAUUGUCACUUGCCAAACAUGAUUGGUCUUUGCAUCUACUCAAAGCUUCUACAAACCCUUCCUGCUCGUUUCAAGGUUGAUGUAAGAGUAGCACCAGGGAGUCAUGCAACAGAGGCUUCAGUCAAUAAACGAUUAGGAGAUAAAGAGCGUAUAGCGGCAGCACUUGAGAAUCCUGACUUUAUGGGUCUUCUUAACUAAUGCUUACAAGUUUGUGAUUUUGGAUCCAUGUAGAACUGUGUCUUUGCUUAGUUGAUUCUUAAUAUGCUCUUUACUCAGUUUUCUUAUUCAACUUCAUUCUUAAAUAUAUAAUCACAAGUUGUUGCUAAAUAAUGAUUAGUAUGGUAUGAAAAAGUUGAAUGA